UUUCUCUGGUAUUUCUCCGCACACUGGUGUUCCGAGGAGUUUCUUCUUCUUCAUCUUCCAGAAAUAUUUUGUACUUGUUUCUUCUGCAAUGUUUUUUAUUUGGAAUUACGCGGUCAUCUUCUAAAAAGGAUUUAUACUUUCGCCCUUUGGACAUGUUUCACUUAUAUAGAAAUUCCGCUCGUGACUAGAUUUAGUUUUUCGCGCCAAUGCAACAGUUGUCCUGACAACAAGUCUCGAGCGCUGCUAUUUCAGUCAGUCCACUUACAGCGUCUACAGUAUCCUGCAGGAUGGAUAUAAAAUACGCAUUAGUUGAUUUCUUCACUUACAACACUAUUCAUAUAUGUGAACUAUCGCAAUUAAAACACAGAGAUAUGACAAAACUGAAUCCCAAUGCCAUUCACAAGUGGGACAAAAAUGAAGAGGCGUACAUUUUCUGGAAGAAGAGUUCCUCAGACGAGCUCCAGCGCUGGCCUUGUCGAGUCAUCCAAUUCAGUGGAGAGCGCCAACCCCUAAUUGACACUAGGAAAAUAUUUGAAAAAGGGUGUGCCUUUGAUAGAAUACCCCUCUUUGCUAAAGAAGAAUCGUUGGGAAAAGGGAGAAGAGAGAAAGUAAAAAGGAACUUCCCAGAUGUUGGUGAAACUUCAUUCCUGGACCAGGAAAAUGCACCAGUUACAGCUAAAAAAAAGAAGACCAAGAACAGUAUUCAACAAAAGAUAAUGGCAGCUGUGAAAGAAAGUUGUUCUCAAAUUGUGGAACCAAGAGCUGUGAGAGGGCAGGAGGAAUCAUUUUCAUCAAGUCCCCUGUCACCUAAGCCAUGUGAGAGUUCAGACAAGGCUGAGAAGAUUAAAGAAUUAAAAGAUGAAAUAAAAGAACUACAGGAAGAUUUAAAAUAUGAACGGCGCUUCAGGAUAAAAGCAGAGAGAGAACUGAGGGAGUGGAAAGAAAUUCAUGCUGUUGUGCAGGAGCUAAAAUGUACAGUUGGGGAAAUGAAGGUGAUGUGCACUUCAAAAAAGAAACCUGACAUAAUGCAUAUGCCAUCAUCUUCUGAGGACACUGCUGGUCAAAACCAAGAACCACGCAUUGCUCAAGAAAGUGGGCAGGUAACUGAUUACAUCAACUUAGGAGAGGGGGUGACAAUAAAGAGAAGCCAAUUUGAGAGGAUCAACACCCAAGAUUUUAAAAAAUUUACAAGUGAGCUUCUCUUGGUGACCUUUGGGAGAGAAACUCUUGCCACACACUCUCUAAAUGGAAGAAAGGCGCCCAAUGCUGAUACCAGCAAGGAGGCACUUCCGGCUAACAAAGUGUCUGUCUUAAUAGGCUACAUCCAAAAACGGUUUCGUGUUUCCACAUCGGAGAUAAAGGCAGUCAUAAGAACCAAGCUUAACAAUGAGGACAAGCUCUUAAAAAAACGAAACCUCUCUGAAUGAGGCGAGAAAACAAACAUGCACAAUUUGUUGAUAAACACUGUUAUAUAAUGCAUGUAGUAACUCAUAGUCUGUUAUUUAAAGUUUAAAAAACUAUUUAUUCACAUCUAUUGUUGCAUUUUCUACCUUCAUUAUAUACAGUAUUGCUGAUGUUUAAUAAAACUGCUUCUGGCUACUCAAUGGUUGAAUUUCAAUGAUUAAGCACUUUACUAGCAUUUUACUUCACUAGCAGUGUAAUUGCAUUGCAGCUGUAUUGCAGUAAUACUGCACUUGUAUUUUAGUUGUACUUCAAAUGUAUUGUAGUACUAUUGCAGUUGUAUUUUAAUAGUACUUUAAACGUAUUGCAGUACGAUUGCAGUUGUAUUUUAGUAGUACUUUAAACGUAUUGCAGUACGAUUGCAGUUGUAUUUUAGUAGUACUUUAAACGUAUUGCAGUAAUACUGCAGUAACUCAAUUAAAACUCUUCAAAUGAC